AUGACGACUCAUGUGACGCAGUCUUCCUCGGCAACUCUCCGCCACUCGCUGUCCGAUGAUGACGAAGGGGGUGGAGCUCAGGGGGUGGAGCUGAGACUUGUGACAUCGGAGGACGAUGAGGCAGAGGCGGGGCCUAUUAGUGAUGUCACAGCGUUGGUGCUGAGGCAUCGCCACGGUUACCGGAGAGCUGGCGUGCUGCUGUGCGCAUGCGGCGCCAUCGUGUUCACCGCCGCGUUCCUAUUGGCCUACGCCGUGAUGAGUGGGCGGUACCACUGCUCCAAGAUGGGGGAGCAGGACGAGGAGCAGCAGGGGGGCAGGGCUAGUUCACCUGCAGAAGGAGGGGUGGGGCUUUACCUGGGAGACCUGCGAGAGAUGAUGAGGAGGCUGCUGCAGGAUGAAGACAUUCACAACACAGUCAGUCGGGUGAGCAGAACUCCUCAUCCUCCGGGUUCUUCAGAGGGAACCGCUCUGGCCUCGGAGAUCCUCCGUCGUUUCCAGCAGCUGCAGAUGGAUCACACCUGGACCGAGUCUCUGUACGCCACGCUGCAGUUCCCGGACAGGGCUCAGAGGAGCUCUCUGCGGCUCGUGGACUCUGCUGGUCUGAUCUCAGAGCAGAUUUCUUUGAACCCGUCAGACUUCUGUCCGUACAGCGCCACAGGAAGCACUACGGGGGGCGUGGUCUACGCCAACUACGGCCGUCCAGCUGACUUUAAUUGGCUGAAGAGUGCGGGCGUGUCCGUGGCUGGCUGUGUGGUGGUGAUGCGUGUUGGGGGCGGGGUCAGUUUUGCUGAGAAGGUCUGGUUGGCUGAGAGGAAUGGAGCGGGUGGAGCUUUGAUCUACCCUGACCCCGCCGACCUGCCGCAGGACCCCCGGCGCCUUGGACUGAACACCCACACCGCCGUAUCCGAACAUGUACACCUGGGGUCAGGGGACCCCUUCACCCCCGGCUUCCCCUCCUUUAAUCACACUCAGUUCCCACCCAUCCGGUCCUCUGGUCUGCCGUUCAUUCCGGCCUUGCCAAUCACAGCCACCGUGGCUGCCAAAUUGCUCAGCCAGCUCUCAGGAGUGUCCUGUCCGUCAUCAUGGAGAGGUCGACUUCCGUACGUCCGCUGCGUGGUCGGGCCAGACUUGAGCGCCGGACGCAAAGUCCAGCUGUCAGUGCACAACAAGAUGACACCGAUUCUGCUGAACAACAUUUUCUCAUCGCUGGAGGGCCGAGUCGAGCCAGACCAGUACAUCAUACUGGGAGCUCAGAGGGACUCACUGGGUCCGGGAGCGGUGAAGUCUGGAGUUGGAACAGCGAUCCUGCUGGAGUUAGCUCGGACCUUCUCUGUCAUGGUGAAGAACGGCUUCAGUCCCAGACGCAGUUUGCUGUUUGUCAGCUGGGACGCUGGAGAGUUCGGGAAUGUCGGAGCAACCGAAUGGCUCGAGGGCUACCUGUCCAUGCUCCACCUGAAGGCUGUGGCCUACUUCAGCCUGGACCAGGCCAUCAUGGGUGACGAUGUCCUGUCGGCCUACACCAGUCCUCUGCUGGUCGACCUGCUGGACGCUGCCAUCAGACAGGUGGAACAUCCUAAACAUGCCGGUCAGACCAUCUACAGCCAGGCUGAGAGAGAAGGAGGCAGCUGGAGGAUUAUGAAGCCUCUGUAUCUGAACAGUGGAGCCUACAGCUUCACAGCGUUCGCAGGAGUCCCAGCCAUGGAGCUCAGAUUCACCGAGGAGCGAGCGUAUCCGUUUGUCAACACGCCAUUGGACAGCGCGUCCCGCCUGCAGGAGGUGCUGGGGGGUCGUUUGGGGGUGACGGGGCGGAGCCUGGGGGAGCUGGUGGGGGAGAUGGCGCUGCGAUUGGCCCACGACCACAUCCUGCCGCUACGCAUCACGUCCUACGCCCAGACGGUGCUGCAGUUCAGCGCCCAGCUCAACAGACACUCCGCCGAGCUGCAGUCCAGAGGUUUGUCUCCUCAGUGGGUCUUCAGCGCCAGAGGAGACUACAGCCGAGCUGCUGAGACGCUGCAGAGAGCCAUCGACGACAGCGACCUGCACGACCCGACCACCGCACGCUUCUACAACACCCGCAUCAUGAAGGUGGAGUACUACUUCCUGUCUCAGUACGUGUCGGCGGUGGAGACGCCGUUCCGUCACGUGAUCCACGGCCGCGGCAACCACACUCUGAGCGCGCUCACUGAGCACCUGGGCCUCCUGACCUCCGACCCCGAGCGCUUCGACGAGCGGCGCUUCAGGCGGCAGCUGGCGUUGUUCACCUGGACGCUGCAGGGAGCCGCCAACGCUCUGAACGGAGACGUGUGGAGAGUACAGAACACGCACAGCCACUGA